AUGGCGGACACAUGGUUAGAUUGGCAACACAUGGGGAACCAACGUGAACGCAUCAAGUUCAGAGGGAGCGUGAAAAAAGGUAAUCUCGUGACGAUUGCGAUUCUGUCUCGGGGAAGAUGCGGUCUUUCCAAAUGCGUCAGUCGAUACAUGAUGGGUAUGGCGGUGACGGAUAUUCUGGUCCUCAUCACGGCGGUGAUACUUAACCGAAUCAGGUCCAUUUACUUUCCCAUGUCCUUCCUUUCUAUCACCCCAGUCUGCAGCGUUAGAAUCGCUCUCAUUUAUGCAACGAGGGACAGCUCCGUCUGGCUAACGGUCGCUUUCACUUUUGAUCGAUUUGUAGCAAUUUGUUGCCAGAAACUGAAGAUAAAGUAUUGCACGGAAAGAACAGCGCUAGUGGUUAUAAUAACGGCGUGUGGCGUGAGUUGUGCAAAAAACACACCCCGAUACUUAAUAUAUGAGCCAUUAUACAUUCGUAACGAUGUUCCAUGGUUCUGCGAUAUCAAGUUAAGCUUUUAUUCUGAUCUUUUCUGGAUAUUAUUUGAAUGCAUUGAUUAUAUUCUGAAUCCUUGUGCUCCCUUUAUUUUGAUACUGCUACUCAAUACUCUAACGGUGAAACAUAUUUUAGGAGCCAACAAAGCUCGCAGACGAGUGAGAGCCAAGAGUAACUGCGAGGAUCAGGAUGACCCGGAAGUGAAAAACCGGAAGAAAUCCAUUAUUUUACUCUUCGCCAUUUCGGGUAGCUUCAUUGUGUUGUGGACUCCUCGUGUUGUAAAUUUCUUUUACGUGCGAUUUACUAAUAGCAGAUAUUCAAUCGGUUCUAAUCCCAACGACCCGAUGUUUAUUCUGCAGGAAAGCGGCAUUAUGUUGCAACUCCUUAGCUGUUGCAGCAACACGUGCAUUUAUGCAGUGACCCAGAAGAAAUUUAGAGAAGAGUUCGCAAAUAUGUUGAAAGCUUCGGCCAACCGUUUUAUUAACAUGGUAAAGUCAUGA